AUGAUGCGAAGGUCAGCCACAUCAUUCCAAAAGCAAAGCGGGAUAUUCCCCACAAGGAACCUCUCCAGACUACCCCCACGUGACACCACGCUAGCGAAAUUCGUGUUUCCUUCUGCGACACAUUCCGUCAAGGAUAUCCAUACAGAGGUCCAGGGGCCCGUCACGCUCCAUGGCCAUUUGCAUAGAAAACCUCGCAUCCAGGCCAGACGGAGUUUUGCCGAGUUGAGAGACGCGAACGGCGACGUGAUCCAAUUGCUUCUAUCCCCCGAGCAUACCGAUGCAGAGUUUUUCACAAAGCUCGAGGCUAGCGGGCCCGAAGACUCCAUCAGCGUGAGCGGGUUUGUGCAAGCAAAACACGCGAAAAAAGGCGCUCAAAAUUCCGAGUUUGAGGUGGUCGUGUCGCAGUUUCAGACUCUCAAUUCCGCCGGCGUCGAGGCGGCCCGUUUGGACAAGUUGAAACACGCCAAUCCGGCGGACAUCCCGGCGAAAUUCCGGUACUUGCAGCUCCGCACGCCGUUUUACCAAAACGCGCUCAGAACAAGAAGCAAAGUCGCCAGCUUAAUCCGUAACGUUUUGACAGAGUCCCACAAGUUCACCGAGAUCGAGACCCCGCUCUUAUUCAAGUCCACGCCCGAGGGCGCACGCGAGUUCUUGGUUCCCACCCGGUCGCCCUCCCGUCUUUAUGCGCUUCCACAGUCUCCACAGCAGUAUAAGCAGAUCUUGAUGAGCUCGGGGUUCUCCCGGUACUUCCAGAUCGCCAAAUGUUUCAGAGACGAGGACCUCCGUGCAGACCGGCAGCCCGAAUUCACCCAAGUGGAUAUGGAACUCAGCUUCAUCAACUCACGUGACCAGGUCACUGCCGUGGUGGACGACCUUGUUCAGAAGGUGUGGAAGGCUGCGUGUCCGCACCCAAUGCACAUAGUCGGGGCCGAUGGACUCUUACACCCAAUCCCAAAAGACGAAGAGUCCAAGAUCCCCUUCACAACUUUGACUUACCUUGAGGCGUUGUCCAAAUACGGAAUCGACAAGCCGGACUUGCGCUCGAAUUUGCAGUUCAUCGACGUGUCGGAGUUCUUCACGCCGGGCAAGAAUGCCCCUGCCUUUCCUGUGGUGGAGGCCUGUGUGCUCAAAAACGCCUUUUUGCCUGGCGAGCUGUUCAAGGUGCCUCAUGUCAUGACCGAUUCUGCCAGCUAUGCCAAGCGCAAACCUGUAAUUGUGAAAAUCGCCACGCAGGAAGACGCAAGAUCCUGGUAUGAAAAGUUCUGUGGCAAGGGCCUCAUUUCGCAGAACCAGGGCUUUUCUGCCACAGCCUUGCUUGAGAAAUUGCAACUUGCUCCCGGGGACGUGCUUGCAUUUUCGACAAGAGCAGAGUUGCCGUACGAGAAUCCAACGCCCUUGGGCAAGUUCCGACAGCUUGCAAUUGAGCAAUUUCCCGCCAGAUGGAACCGGCCAAUUGUGGCUGAGGAUGGGAGCAUCGUGCGAGACUACGACAGAAACGAGGUCUUUGUCGGACUGUGGGUAGUAGACUUCCCCUUGUUUAGCCCCGAGGAAGUGGCCGGCGAGACCGAUCCCGAGUUUCCCGUAUAUAGCAAGACAGACUUGCUGGCCACACACCACCCGUUCACGAUGGCAAAAAGCGAAGAUUACGAGUAUCUUGAAACAGAACCUCUUAAAGUCCGAGGCGAGCACUACGACUUGGUGAUCAACGGGGUUGAGGUUGGCGGUGGGUCACGCAGAAUCCACGAUCCGGAGUUGCAGAAGUACGUUUUCGAGGAGAUCCUUGCAAUAAGCAACCACCAGGAGCUUUUUGGGCACCUUCUCAAGGCGUUGCUGUUGGGAUGCCCGCCCCACGCUGGACUUGCCUUGGGCUUCGACCGCUUGUGCGCCAUGCUUGUCGGCAGCCUGAGUAUUCGAGACGUGAUUGCGUUCCCCAAAAACCAGUCCGGCUCAGACCCUGUGGUCGACAGCCCCACGGAUGUACUGCUGGCCACGUUGCAAGAAUAUCACUUGCGGAAGCUACAUGAAUGA